CUAGCCACUCGCUUCUGUGUCUGAACCUUCAUUUUUCCUCCAUUUUUCUUUACCUCUGUCUGUGUCUGUAUUUUCUCGCUCUCCAAACAUGCUUCUCAAAGCUGCUUCAACUCUUUCUCUGCUUAACCUUCAUGCUGCUUCCGAUUCUUAUCUUUCUUGGCCUUCGUCGUCUUUGAGCUCUGGCUUUUCGUCUUCUCCGAUUCUUCCUGUUUCGCCGGCGAUCGGCCGAAGUGGAUUCGUGGUGUUAGCAUCCAAGGGUGCGAAUAGCCGGCCGCUCACUGGCGUGGUGUUCGAGCCGUUCGAGGAAGUGAAGAAGGAACUGCUUCUUGUGCCGACUGUUCCUCAAGAAUCUCUCAGUCGUCAUAAGUACACUAACGACUGUGAAUCUGCAAUCAACGAGCAGAUCAAUGUGGAAUAUAAUGUUUCCUAUGCGUACCAUGCUAUGUAUGCCUACUUCGAUAGGGACAACGUUGCUCUCAAGGGUCUUGCCAAUUUUUUCAAGGAAUCUAGUCUGGAAGAAAGAGAGCACGCCGAGAAACUGAUGGAAUACCAGAACAAGCGAGGUGGGAAAGUGAAGUUGCAAUCUAUAUUGAUGCCCCAUUCUGAGUUUGACCAUCCGGAGAAGGGAGAUGCCUUGCAUGCAAUGGAGCUUGCAUUGUCACUGGAGAAGCUAACAAAUGAAAAACUACUGCACUUGCACAGCAUUGCUGAUCGAAGCAAUGAUCCUCAGCUGGCUGAUUUCAUAGAAAGCGAGUUCUUAAUUGAGCAGGUGGAAGCCAUUAAAAAGAUCUCUGAAUAUGUUGCUCAGCUGAGAAGGGUGGGCAAAGGACAUGGUAUGGACCUGAAAACCAACAUUAUUAUUUCGUUUCCACCUAGUCUCUUCUCCCACUUAAUUGUUCGAUGAAACUAGGAAUUCAGUUUCUAGCACACACUUGUACCCAUUUUUGGUGUUCCCCUGUUUUCCUGUUUCCAUUUGUUUUACCACUGUUCACUAAACUACAUGGUUUUCAUGGAUUCUCAGGAGUCUGGCACUUCGACCAAAUGCUUCUCAAUGGAGGAGUUGUUGCUGCGUGAUGAUGCAUUCGAAUUCAGUCUUGUCUCCUUCUGGGACGCCUUUCAGAGGAUGCAAUUCCGCGGACUUGUCUUCCCUUUAGCUAGUCAUUUUGAGGUUUUGGAUGUGUGGGUUAUUGCAGAUUUUGUGUCUGAUGGGUGAAAUUUGCAUAUGCUAUAUCUGAGACUAGGUCUGUGGUCUUAAUCUAUAAUAAUAGUUAUUUAAUACUUUUCAGUAUCAGUUGGUUAUCAA